AUGCCCAAGGAGAGCUCGCUGGACAGCAUCCGGUCCCCGCGGUCGCACCAUGGCGCGCGCACGAGCUCCAGCAGCCACAUGUCGGAGCCGUCGGCGCGGAACUGGUACCUGCAUCGGCUGUACCUGCGCUCCGAACUCAAGGAGUGUCUGCGCGUGAUCGAGGGCGUGCUGCGAGAGCACCAGGGGCUCAGUGAGUACCCUUUGUACGUGAAGGCACUGAUCCUGCGGCAGUCCGGCCGCAUCCAAGAGAGUCUGCAGCUGUUCCAAGCCGCGGCGUGUCUGAACCCGGAGAACAAGGAGAACCUCAAGCAGGUCGGGAGGUCGCUCUACCUGCUGGGCAAGCACACGGCCGCGAUCGAGGUGUACGAGGAGAUCCUGACCAUGGGGCGAGUGGACGACUGGGAGAUCUACCACAGCAUUGGCCUCUGCCACAUGUACCUCAAGGACUACGACCGCGCGGCGCAGAACUUCCAGCGCGCGAACACGAUCAACCGCCACGACGCGACCUUCUUGCAACUCGGCAAGGUGCACACGCUGCGCGAGGACUUUAAGGCUGCGAUCAACGUGUACUUGGAAGCACUGGAGUUCUCACCAGAGAAUCCCGAGAUCCUGACGACUCUCGGGCUGCUGUAUCUGCGCGUUGGCGAGAACUUUCGCGCCUUCGACUAUCUCGGCAACUCGCUCACGCACGACCCGCGCAACCCGAAGACCAUUCUCGCGGCGGGCUCCAUCAUCCAAGACCACGGCGACAUGGACGUUGCCCUCGUCAAGUACCGAGUGGCUGCAGCGCAAACGCCCAACUCGGCGCAGCUCUGGAACAACGUCGGCAUGUGCUUCUUCGGCAAGCAGCGCUACGUGGCGUCCGUGGCCUGCCUCAAGCGCGCGCUGUACCUGGACCCGUUCGAGUGGAUCACGUCGUAUAACUUAGGGCUGGUGCACCUCAACACGGGCCAGUACGCGUCGGCCUUCCACUUCUUCAGUGCCGCGAUCAACCUCAAGCCGGACUUCCCGAGCUCGUACAUGUACUUGGCCAUCACGCUCAGUCGGCUGGACGACUUCGAGAACGCGUGCAGUGCGUUCGACAAGGCCAUCGAAAUGGAACGCGAUCACAUGUUCCACCUCAACUAUGCCAUCACGCUGUACAACAACGACGAGAUGGAGCGCGCCAAGGUGCAGUUCGACCGCUUCGAGGAGAUCUUCGAGGGUCUCGACGAGGAAGCUCGCUCGGCCGACCCAGAAGUGCAGGAGCAGCGCCAAGCUCUGCUGAACGCGCUCGUGGACUGA